AAUGAAAAGAGCUAGCGCUCAGAGCCCAUCAUUGGCUGUCCCGACUGCCGAGGCUGGCAGGCAGUGGCGACAGGGAAGGACCGGACUGACGGACCUUUUUGGUGGGAAUACCGAGAGAACUCUGGAAACACGGCCGGAAACGAAGGGAAUACAAGUUUUAAUUUCCAGUUUGGAUUUCCCAAGCGGACCGUAAACGUGGCUAACGUUGAAUGUUAGCUGGAACUUUUCGAGUGGAGCCGUGAUGUGGUGACGCGACUCCACCGAUUCGACGGGAAGCUAACGUUAGCCGAUGCGCUAAUGAUAGAUUAAUCAUUUUUCAGCAUAUAUUUUAGAGUCGAUAUCAUGAUUUUAAAAACUUGUUGAAGUAUUUUCAAUUAUGUUUGAUAAAUAUUUAUAUCAAUCUGAUCAGGGGGUUAACUUUUAUACGGAAUAGAGCUUAUCUUGACGUUGUCUUCGCUAACUUCAUAUCAGAAACUAGCAACCGUUGGCUAUCUAGCAGGCUAGUGGCUAACACUGUCUAUUUAAACAAGCCAAAGAACUCUGCUUCCAAUUAGCUAAGGUUAGCAAUGCUACAACAGUUUCCACGUCACCUAACUGUGUAAUAUCAAAUCUACUUGUUGUGUUUUCGGAAUUAAGCUCUAUUUUAUAGGAAAUUAAUCUGUUUUCUAAGAAGAGAAGGACACUUUACUUUAAGCCCACAUAUGCAAUCAUCGAAUCGCCAGCAUACUUAACGCUAGCCUGCUAACGUUGGGUUAGCCGGCCAAAACUUAAAUACUGCCCCCCUGCUUACUGUAUGUGGGUUUCUUUGAGGCCUUUAGGAUCCCAUUUAUCCUUUUUAACAGCCUUAAUGCAUCCCAGCCUCUGAAUGGAAUUUAUUUACUUCGACUGACUCGGGAUAUUUGUUGAUCUGGGAACUUAAAUUGGAGUACCUGGACUUUGUUGACGUUUACUUUUACAGUAAAGAAACGUGGAUCAUAAAGAUAUUCGGAAUAACACCAUCCAUCCAAGAUGAUGUGCGAGGUGAUGCCCACCAUCAGCGAGGCCGAAGGACCUGGCGGGGGAGGUGGCAAUGGCCGUCGAGGCUCUGGCUCCCCCCUUCAGUCGGACUCAGAAGGUCACUUUGAAUCGCUGAUGGUGUCCAUGCUGGAGGAAAGGGAUCGUCUUCUAGAUACUCUGAGGGAGACUCAGGAGAAUCUGGGCCUGACUCAGGGCAAACUGCAUGAAGUUAGCCAUGAAAGAGACUCACUGCAGAGACAACUGAAUACUGCUUUACCACAGGAGUUUGCUGCACUAACAAAAGAGGUAAACGUGUGCCGGGAGCAGCUUCUAGAGAAGGAGGAAGAGAUCGCAGAGCUGAAGGCUGAGCGAAACAACACACGGCUCUUGUUGGAGCAUUUGGAGUGCCUGGUGUCUCGCCAUGAGCGGAGUCUGAGGAUGACAGUGGUGAAGAGACAGGCUCAGUCUCCAGCUGGAGUUUCAAGUGAAGUGGAAGUCCUCAAAGCCCUAAAGUCACUUUUUGAACACCACAAAGCGCUCGAUGAGAAGGUGAGAGAACGACUACGUGUUGCUUUGGAAAGGUGCAGUGCAUUGGAGGAGCAGCUCACCAUCUCGCACAAAGAAUUGGCUUACUUCAGGGAGCAGAGCAGCCAGAAGAGAGGGCUGGCAGAUGGGACAAGCGAGGUCAACCACAACUCUGAAAACACGCCGAGCACAAACGGCAAGCGGUCCUCGGAUGGUUCUUUGAGUCAGGAGGAAGAGUCAGGGGUCGGGUAUGGGAAGGUUGGUGAGCUCCAGGAUGUGGUGGACCGCCAGACGGCUGAUCUUGGCCAGAUGAAGGAGCGCAUGGCUGCUAUGGCUUCACGCAUCAAUGAGCUGGAAGAGGACCUGGACACGGCCAGGAAGGACCUCAUCAAAUCUGAGGACAUGAACACACGGUUACAGAGAGACCUCAGAGAGUCAAUGGCUCAGAAGGAAGAUAUGGAGGAGAGAAUCACCACCCUGGAGAAGCGUUACCUGGCAGCUCAGCGGGAGGCUACCUCCGUCCAUGACCUUAAUGAUAAGCUGGAGAAUGAAGUAGCCAACAAGGAAUCCCUCUUUAGACAAACUGAGGACAGAAACCGGCAGCUCCAAGAGAAACUGGAGCUGGCUGAGCAGAAGCUGCAGCAGACCAUCCGAAAGGCCGAGACGCUGCCUGAGGUGGAGGCCGAGCUAGCCCAAAGGGUGGCUGCCCUCACAAAGGCAGAGGAACGCCAUGGUAAUGUGGAGGAGAGGCUGAGGCAGCUGGAGGCUCAGCUGGAGGAGAAAAACCAAGAACUGCUCAGGGCACGGCAAAGAGAGAAGAUGAACGAGGAGCACAACAAGCGUCUGUCUGAGACGGUGGACAAGUUGCUCUCAGAGUCCAACGAGCGACUCCAGCUUCACCUCAAAGAAAGGAUGUCUGCUCUGGAGGAUAAGAAUUCCUUGAUCAGAGAACUGGAGCACACCAAGAAGCUGAUCGAGGAGUCUCACCAUGAAAAGGAGCAGCUCCUUAUCCAGAUCGAAACUAUGAGGGCUGAGAACGAGCAGGGAAGGAGCAGGAGUAACUCCUUACUACACGGACGCUCUCAACUGGGCAGCACUCCAGAUUUCAGGUAUCCAGUAUCCGCCUCCUCUAUGAUGGACAGUAACUCAGACCACUAUGGCAGCGCUUUGGUGCUCAGACGGCCUCAAAAAGGACGCAUGGCAGCACUGCGGGAUGAGCCAUCCAAGGUGCAGACCUUGAAUGAGCAGGAGUGGGAGCGCAUGCAGCAGGCCAACGUGCUGGCAAACGUGGCCCAGGCCUUUGAGAGUGACAUGGAUGCCUCAGACCUGGAAGAGGACAGAGAGACAAUUUUCAGCUCGGUGGACCUUCUGUCCCCUGGAGGCCAGGCAGAUGCACAGACCCUCGCCUUAAUGCUGCAAGAGCAGCUGGACGCCAUCAACAAUGAAAUUAGAAUGAUCCAAGAGGAGAAGGAGAGCACCACCAUCCGAGCAGAGGAGAUAGAGUGUAGGGUGGGCAGCGGUGAAAGCUUAGGAGGACGUUUCAGAUCAAUGAGCUCCCUCCCUCCAUCGUUGUGUGCAGGAUCCUCGUUGGGAGGCUCUCCCCCAGGCUCUGGUCAUUCUACUCCCAGACGGGUCCCCCGUAGCCCCAACAGAGAACUGGACCGCAUGGGUGUCAUGACCUUGCCUAGUGACCUGCGCAAGCACCGCAGGAAGUCGGCUCAGGACGACAAGGCCACUAUCCGAUGUGAGACGUCACCCCCCACCACCCCACGCUCCAUGCGCCUCAACAGGGAGGCAGGCCAUGCAGCAAGCAGCGAGGACAUUCGAGAUAUUCGAGGUCUGGCUGGCCUGCAGGACGGUCAGGGUAGUAACCCCAGCAGCAGUAACAGUAGCCAGGACUCGCUCAAUAAAGCAGCAAAGAAAAAGAGCAUCAAGUCUUCCAUCGGACGCCUCUUUGGGAAGAAAGAAAAAGGCAGACCCAACAUUUCCAGCAAGGACUCUCCCAGCCAAGCUGGCACUCCUGAGGCAGAAGGCUCUCCGAAGGAUGGUUUAGGAAUGGGAACCCUCGGAGGACCUGCAGAGAAGAACAGGAAGCUGCAGAAGAAUCCAAAGACAGGGCAUGAAUUACUGGAGGAGGCUCGCAGGCAGGGCCUACCUUUCGCCCAGUGGGAUGGACCAACUGUCGUGGUUUGGCUGGAGCUCUGGGUGGGCAUGCCAGCCUGGUAUGUGGCUGCUUGCCGCGCUAACGUGAAAAGUGGAGCGAUUAUGUCAGCGCUAUCAGACACAGAAAUCCAAAGAGAGAUCGGUAUCAGCAACCCUCUGCAUCGUCUGAAACUCCGCCUGGCCAUCCAGGAAAUCAUGUCCCUCACCAGCCCGUCAGCCCCGCCCACCUCAAGAACGACCACUGGAAACGUUUGGGUCACACAUGAAGAAAUGGAAAGUUUGGCAGCCACACCUCCCACGGAGGAUGACGAGGGUAGCUGGGCACAGACUUUGGCAUAUGGAGACAUGAACCACGAAUGGAUCGGUAAUGAGUGGCUACCCAGUCUAGGUCUGCCUCAGUACCGCUCCUACUUCAUGGAGUCCCUGGUGGACGCCCGAAUGCUGGACCACCUCACCAAGAAGGACCUCAGGGGACAGCUCAAAAUGGUGGACAGCUUCCACAGGAACAGUUUUCAGUGUGGAGUGAUGUGUCUGCGGAGGCUGAACUAUGACAGGAAGGAGCUGGAGAGAAGAAGAGAGGGGUGUCAGAUGGAACUUCAAGACGUGCUGGUGUGGAGUAACGAGCGUGUGAUCAGCUGGGUUCAGGCCAUUGGGCUCAAAGAGUACAGCGGAAACCUUUACGAGAGCGGAGUCCACGGAGCGCUGUUUGCUCUGGAUGAAACCUUCGAUCACAACAGCCUGGCUCUCCUGCUGCAGAUCCCCACACAAAACACACAGGCCAGAUCGACUCUUGAGCGUGAAUACAACAGUCUGCUGGCCAUCGGCACAGAACGGAGAAUGGAAGAGGACGAUGAUAAGAACUUCCGCCGAGCUCCUUCAUGGAGGAAGAAAUUCAGGCCCAAAGACAUGAGGGGGAUGUCGUUGGGUGCGUCCGACACCCUGCCCGCCAACUUUAGAGUGACCAGCAGCAGUGCGGCUUCAUCUCCCUCCACGCAGCCAAAGAGGAGCCCAAUGGAUGGAAGUCAGUCUAUACAGAGGCUGGACACUGCCACAGUCAGGACCUACUCUUGUUAACACACAACGUUUAUCCUCAUUAUUUCUAUAGGUAACCGCUGGUCAGAGGACGAAGGGGAAUUCCCUGCGUUCAAGACCAGGAUGAUGAACUGAAAUGACUUUAAGGACACUAAAAAGAUGUUUUGUUUUUUGUCGUCAACACAGAGAGAGACAUUACUCACCAAUCUCAGUAUCCCUAGAGGAAACUUUUUAGAUCUAUCUACAGUUGUUAUUAUAUUUAUGUAAACCAAUGGGACAUUUAAAUUGAUUUUUAGAAUAACUGUGUAAUCCUUAUUUGCCUCUAUCCCCUUAAUCGACCCAGUUUUUAAUAUAAGAAUAAUUCUCCACUGUGCCCAUAUUAAGCUGAGCUCUCAGAUGUAUGUAACUGAAUGUUUCUAUGGUCUGGAGUUUGUAUAUUUCUACCAACAGACAUUUUAUCUAAUCUUUUUUAUAAUCCUGAUUCUAUUGACCAGAUGUAUGUUUUUGUUUCCUUUCUUUGAUUUGAAUUCUAAUCAUUGAAUCUAAGCUUAAGAGACUUGAUAUGUGAUAUAACUUAAUUCAUAUCCUCUGCCCUUUUUAACUGUUGUAAUUUUUGUAGCUUCUUACCUGUGAUUUUGUGUAAAUGCAGCUCUUUGGUCAACAGAUGUGUGAAUAUCAGGCAAAUUUGCUGGAGUCGUAAGACUGUUUCACAAACUGCUCGACACUGUGAGUCACCCAUCGCCAAUAAAAUAACUGCUGGCAAGCCGGGCGAUGGAGACAACAGAUAUCAUGUGAAACACACGCUAUAUCUCCUUUUCUCUUCUUUACUUUUCAUAUCUGCGAAACCAAAAUGAAACUCUUGAAUUUUAAGAUUUAAAGCCAUAUAUCAGUAGCGAAAAAUAAUAAACAGAGGGCUUCUUCUGGAUGCAAGUCAAACAGAAUUUGAGGUUCUCUCUUGUUGACCUUGCAUGCAGAAACUUCACAUAUCCCCCUCCUAUCACAAACCCUUUAAAGAAAACCAACCAUCCUCACCUCUGGAGAAACACAGACAAGCUCACCUGUACAGGAGGACUUGAAACAGGAGGACUUGACAUUUACAGAUGAGUCAAACGUUUGGAAACUCCCUCGAUGGACCAACUUCACUGAGGCCUCAGUCGAUCCCCGCUGUGACUCGAGGCGGUGUGAUCCACCCAGCAACCUUUUUAUAAAAACACUUUGUAUGAAAAUUUCAUAUCAAGCCUUAUUGUUUCUUAAUUCUUCUGUCGUCUGUUCUUAUUUAUUAUCACUCAUCCACGUUGUGUUUUGUCAGCUGUACUUUCAUAGUUUGCUCCUAUGAAUGUAGCAAAGCUCCUCACGUCUACGUUUGUCCCGUCUUCGCUCCAAACACUGGUUCCGCUGUCAGUUGUCAUGCAAAACAACGAGGAACCGAAGAUUUUCUUUAUCACCUUUCAUGUAGUUAAAGCUUAACGUAGAAAUGCUUCUUUUCUGUUUGUGAUUUAGUCAUUUAUGCACAAUGCAAAUCAUGUUGCUGUUGUUUUAUUCCUGCUCUUCCCAUUGAAUCUUCUGAUCUUGUAACAAUGAUGUACAGUCUGAGUACUUAUAAACUAUUUUUAUCCCAA